AUGCUCUUCCAGGCUUUCCUUCCAUUGAUCCUUGCCUCAUUAGCCGCGGCUUCGCCAGCGGCCAUCGGUCGUCGUCAGUAUAUCGAUGCCAAUGACUUGACCGACGGAGACUGUAAGGAUACGAUGUUUAUCUUUGCUCGGGGCUCAACUGAGUCCGGCAAUAUGGGCACGGUCGUUGGCCCGGAGGUCUGUGAUGACCUCAAAACACAGCUAGAUGGUGAGCUGGGCUGUCAGGGUGUUGGAGGUGCCUAUGGAGCUACUUUGGCAACGAACUUCCUUCCCGCCGACACCUCGACAGCAGACAUCGAAGCUGCAGUAAGCGUAUUUAACGAGUGUAACACCAAAUGUCCCAAUGCAAAGAUUGUUGCUGGCGGGUACAGCCAGGGAACUGCGGUCAUGGAUGGCGCGAUCCAAAAGCUCUCCGACGAGGUGGUGGCCAAGGUUAAGGGAGUGGUCUUAUUUGGAUUCACACGUAAUCUUCAGGACAAGGGCAGAAUUCCUGGAUACCCGACCAACCAAACGAAGGUCUACUGCGCUAUUGGUGACGAGGUCUGCGAUGGAACCCUGAUUAUAACUGCGGCCCACCUGACAUACGGAGACGAUGCUAGUUCUGCUGCUACCUUCCUUGCCUCGACUCUGGAAUGA